AUGCAUCAAGGGCUUCCCAUGCGUGACAAUCUCUCUCGAAGGGGCUGUGAUGUGGAUAGGAUAUUCCCUAUGUGUGGGAAUGGCGUUGAGACGAUCCUUCAUGCGUUGUUCUUGUGUCCCAUUGCACAACUUGUAUGGAAAGUUUCUCCACUGAGGCUCGAGGUUUUUGUGGGUUUGGGUGAGUCUUUCAUGGAUUGGGUUAAGUUUUUCGCUCUCAAGUUUACGGAUGAUUUGUGGUGGGCUUUGUUUUGGAGUCUCCUUUGGGGCAUCUGGCUGAAUAAAAAUGCAUGGGUAUUUGAAAAUCGUAAUCUUGAAGCUGUGAACGUGGUGGAAAGGGCCAUAAGUAAGAUGGGUGAAUUCAAUGCUGCGAAUGAAAAUGUGAAGUUGGACACGCUCGUGAUUAGAGGUGGUGAAAAAAGAUGGCAAGCCCCUAGAGAUGGAUGGUUCCAGGUCAACUCGGAUGCGGCUGUUUUUGAGGAGGGCAAGAUAGGAUGUGGUUGGGUUAUGAGAGAUAGUGUGGGAGAUGUUAUGGUGGCCACAAUGUGUUUGAUGGAUGGUGGGAUGGCAGUGGAUGAAGCAGAGGCUGUGGCUCUCCGUCAUGCAGUGAAAAUAGCCAUCGAAGCGGGCCUCCUGGAUUUUGUGGCUGGAAGUGAUAAUUUGAAACUUAUAGACCAUCUUAAAAAAGGUUUGAAGGAAAAUACUAGUUUUGGUAAUAUUGUAGCAGAUAUUUUAGAUGUUGUUUAUGUUUGUCGUAGGGUUGUUUUUAAUCAUGUGUGUAUGGAUGGCAAUAGAGUUGCUCAUAAACUCGCUCACCUUAGCAGGGAGUACAAUGAUAUAAAGAGUUUGGAUUGA